AUGUUAGUUCGGUUUGUAGUUGGUGGGCCCGUAAAGGAUGAGGAACAUAGUGAAAAAUUGGAAAAAAUACUAAUUAAAGAACAAGAACAAUAUGGGGAUUUAGUUCGUUACUUUAAUUUACCUGAAGGCUAUGAUCAAUUACAAUUUAAAACUGGUGCAUCUUUUCAAUGGCAACAGAAAUUUUGCCCUAAUGCAGAAUUUGUAAUGAAAAUUGACGAUGAUUCAAUUAUAGAUUUGAACAGAUUGGAUUUUUGGAUUGAGAAAAAAUUUAAAAAGCAAUUAAAAGAAGCCAAAACGAAGUUGGGUGUUUUUGGUUACAGCAUUAUUAAUACUCAGCCCAAAGUAUUUCCACAAAAAGAUUUGCCGCACUAUAUGCACGGAUCUGGAUAUAUUGUAACCGGUAAAGCAAUAACUGCUAUAAUGAAGGAGACAAUAGCGGCAUAUGCUAUUCAUAUUGAAGAUCUUCUUUGGAAUGGAAUUUUGGCUGAAAGAGGAAAUGUUGCUCGUUUUGAAGGGGGAAAUGAUCAUUUUCUUGAGGGAACUUUAGAAGAAAAGGAAAAAUGUGAAGAUGGACAACCUAUAAUUUUUUGUUUAUAUCAAGUGGCUCUCUCAAGUAUUAAAGCAUAUAAAGAAGAAUAUAAAAAAUUACAUGAGAUAAAAUGUCUAGAAUAA